AUGGGUAGCCGUGCAUCGACGAAGUGGGGGACAUUCGAUGUGCGCUCCAGGAUGGCCGAGAAUCAUUUCCUUUGCCCUGACCGGAAUGUUUCCGAGCUAGCCCCCUACAAUCUUCAAGAGCAGGACUUGUACCGUGGGAAUGUGCCACAAGCCAGGGACUGGCUGCGAGCAUGGAAUUCAUGCCAGACAGCAGCUAGUUUCAAUAAGGCUCAGAAACAUUAUGAGACAGAGGACUAUGCUGCAGGCUUGACUCAGAUGAUUAAGAUCAUGCAUUGGGUGGUGAAAUGCAGGAGGAAGAAGAUUUUGCUGCACGCAGAAAGCAUUUCAGUUUCUGUCGAUGACAGGGCCGAUUUUCGCAUCAUACGCUACCGUUGUAGUUUCCGUUCCUUAGCGGAAUGGACGGAAGCCACAGGCGCCUCAGCAGCCCCAGCUUUGCAUUUGUCAAAAGACAGCAAUCUUGAAGACUGGGCUUCAAUGGAGCCUUUAGUUGCCAAUGGCUUGGUUGGGGUGAUCCGCAAUGGUCAGAAUGUGCCUGAAAACACCAUUGCAGAGCAUGACCGUGACAAGAGUGAGAAGAUGGCUGAAAGUGUGCUUGCUGCGUUGAAGGAUGUUUGCAUGGACAUGGAUGGAUAUGUGGAUGAGGAUGCAUAUCAACAAAUGUGCAGCAAGGUUCGCCACUAUGCUUCAGAUCAAGGUGCUUCAGCAGCCAAGUGUGGCCAGCUCUUGUCACAGCUGCCCCAGCUGCCCAAUCUAAUAUGGCUGAGCGCAGAUAUGGCGCACCAGGUUCGUAUUGCUAGCAAAGACCCCUUGCAUGCGCAAGAGCCUUUUCAACGUCAAUGGGACAGGCUUUUCUCAGCUAGACAUGCUCUGGUGCCAGACAUUCAGUAUUCUGAGGUUUGGCGCUCCCGACUAAUAGCAGCCCAGGCAGAAGUGCUGAAAUCUUGCAGAACGCAGGGAGCAGACAUCAACAAGAUCCUCCAUACCUUCUCUUUUGCCAAGCAACGAUUUGACUCCACAGCCACGCCCAUGCUGAAAUAUUGUUGCAUGAUCCGCGCAAUCGCUUUGGUCUGCGCAAUGCAAGCAGCAGACGAGCGAGGAGCUCGAGAUGUCCGAGCAAGGGCGCAGGCAGCUUUGGAGGACAUGACUCCUGCUAGCGUUUUCCGGUGUGGUUUGACGUGUGACUACACCAUGGAAUGCUUGACGUUCUUGCGUGCCGCUGAUGUAGCUUCAAUGACUGCGACACAAAUGGUUUUUGAGCAAGUGGACUUCCCUGAGCCGAUCUACUAUGGGAACAAAAUUCAUUAUCUUUGUACAAAGGCAGGCGUGCAGGACAUACGCAACAUCAUGGCUGAGAUGAGCGAAGUCGUUUCUGCAAUGACCGGUAGAGUCACAGUGGAUUUGCGCAUGCUUGAGCCUCUUGUUCAAACUUUGAGCAAAGCGCUCAAGUUGGAUGCAAGGGUGCAACCCGACUUUGUGACAUCUGCGAAAGGUCUUCUGAAGGUAGUGCAAGCUGCUGAUGCCAACAGGCUCCAGAUUUCCAAUCGGCUGGCUUGGAGCUGGGUAUUGUGCGAAGAAUGGCGCGCCCAUCACAUGCCAAGUUUUCACCGGCUUCGGCGCCCUGCAGAUUUGGCGACGCUGAUUUCUUUUUAUUUGGCUGUGAAGGUGAACACCACCACCCUUGAGAGGAACUUGGGCCAGUUGUGCGAGCAAAUUCGAAAUCACUCCGGGCCAAUUUCUGCUGACGGCCACAUUCUUGCAGCAGUCCUUGGGGUGGCUUUGGACGGCCCCCAAAAAGAGAGUGAGUUGUAUGAAGCUGCACGUGCUGCCCACAGCUCUCAGGUUCAGCUUUUGCCCACAGAGUUCAGUAAAGCAUGUGCCAAGCUGUGGCUCUCCACCCAUGGGAGGCGUUUCCAGUAUAAGUAUUCCAAGGCUGCCAAGAAAAACAUCACGGCAGGUAAGCGCACAGGCAUACCACGCAAAGGCACUUUUGCAUUUGUGAAGCACCAACGGAAAGUAGCAUCAAAGACAUUGUGCCAAGCUGCUCAUGCUGCCCAGUCAACUUCAGCUGCUGCAUCUGGCCAAGCUGCAGUUGCGUCUUUUGUGGAUGGCUUGGAAUUACCUUUGUUGCCUGCAAAUGCCUCAAAUGCUUCCUCUGCAGCUUUGCAAGGCACCCGUUGGAGCAGUUCAGCGACUUCAUCACUUCCAAGCACCUUAAAGCAGAAGAAGCAUCCUGCACAGCUGUUUCAAGAGCACACGGCUCGAAAGCAGGCUAGGUUCUCAUAUUUGUUUAGCUUAAGGCAUUAG